AUGACAAACUCCAACCACGACAGAACCCAGCAAACUCCAACCACGACAAACCCGACAAACUCCAACCACGACAGAACCCAACAAACUCCAACCACAACAGAACCCAACAAACUUCAACCACAACAGAACCCAACAAACUCCAACCCCGACAAACCCGACAAACCCCAACCACGACAGAAUCCAACAAACCCCAACCACGACAGAACCCGACAAACCCCAACCAUCACAGACCCUGACAAACUCCAACCACGACAGAACACGACAAACUCCAACCACAACAGAACCCAACAAACCCCAACCACGACAGAACCCGACAAACCCCAACAACGACAGAACCCGACAAACCCCAACAACGACAGAACCCGACAAACCCCAACCAUCACAGACCCUGACAAACUCCAACCACGACAGAACACGACAAACUCCAACCACGACAAACUCGACAAACUCCAACCACGACAGAACCCAACAAACUCCAACAACAACAGAACCCAACAAACUCCAACCACGACAAACCCGACAAACUCCAACUAUGACAAACUCCAACCACGACAGAACCCGACAAACCCCAACCACGACAGGACCCGACAAACCCCAACCAUCACAGACCCUGACAAACUCCAAAACACGACAAACUCCAACCACGACAAACUCGACAAACUCCAACCACGACAGAACCCAACAAACUCCAACAACAACAGAACCCAACAAACUCCAACCACGACAAACUCCAACUAUGACAAACUCCAACCACGACAGAACCCGACAAACCCCAACCACGACAGGACCCGACAAACCCCAACCAUCACAGACCCUGACAAACUCCAACCACGACAGAACACGACAAACUCCAACCACGACAAACUCGACAAACUCCAACAACAACAGAACCCGAUAAACCCCAAUCACGACAAACCCGACAGAACCCAACAAACUCCAACCACGACAAACUUGACAAACUCCAACCACGACAGAACCCAACAAACCCCAACCACGACAGAACCCGACAAACCCCAACCAUCACAGACCCUGACAAACUCCAACCACGACAGAACACGACAAACUCCAACCACGACAAACUCGACAAACUCCAACCACGACAGAACCCAACAAACUCCAACAACAACAGAACCCGAUAAACCCCAAUCACGACAAACCCGACAGAACCCAACAAACUCCAACCACGACAAACUCGACAAACUCCAACCACGACAGAACCCAACAAAUUCCAACCACGACAAACUCGACAAACUCCAACCAAGACAGAACCCAACAAACUCCAACCACGACAAACUCCAACUAUGA